ACGACAACUCAAUAAGAAGCUACCAAAUGAAGUUCCUUGCUUGCUGCUUAGUUUUGGCUGUCUUCCUUUUCCUGGGACAAACUCAAGCGCAAUGCCCGAAUGCGCCACAAUACUACAGCUGCUCGGGUGGUUAUCACAGCGGCAGAAGUGGCGGUGGUUGCUAUGGUGGCACCAGAUGGUAUUACAAUCCGAACACUAGAAGUUGUGGCAGCUUCUAUUACAAUGGCUGCGGCGGUAAUUCGAACCGUUACUGCUCGUAUAGCGCCUGUCAACAGAGGUGUUAUUCCCGUGGUUAAGAAUUUAUAUUAAUAAGUUCGAUAUACAAUUGGAAUACAUAUAUGUAUGCAUAACCAA